UGCUUGGUACAUUAACAGUCAAGACGUAUCUAAAAAUCUCUCAAGAUGUCGAAAUUCUUGAAAAAUUCCCUGCUUAAUCCAAAAACACGCUAUCAACUUCUAGCAACCAUCAUAGUUAAUAUAAUAACCUUUGGACAUGGCGUUGGUAUAGGCUGGUUGUCGCCAACCCUAACCAAAAUACAAAGUCCCGACUCUCCUUUGGACUUUCAAGUGACAAUCAAUGAGAUUUCGUGGCUGGGCUCGAUGCUCGGCUUGGGAAGUUUAUGUGGCAAUCUGACGAUAGCAUUUCUUCUAGAACGCAUGGGUAGGAAAUUUUGCAUUUAUUUACUAGCAGGACCCUAUGCAUGCCUUUGGAUACUCACGUAUUGCGCCUCAAAUGUGGGAUUUUUGUAUGCUGCACGAUUUCUCUGCGGAUUUACCGGAGGUGCUUGCUAUGUGGUUCUUCCAAUCUACAUUAGUGAAGUCGCCGAUAGCAGCAUACGUGGCUCUUUGACUUCCAUGAUGAUGCUAUCUGUCAAUUUGGGUAUACUCGUUGGCUAUGUAAUGAGCACUUAUCUGGCUUAUCACGUCGUUCCAUUUCUAGCCAUAAUACUGCCAAUAGCGUACUUUGCAGCGAACUUUUUUUUGCCUGAAACUGCGCCGUAUCUUUUAAAGAAAAAUCGUCUUAUUGCAGCUGAAGCCUCCUUCAAAUACUAUCAAAAUCAGAGAGUCGACAUGGAGGAGGCUUCCAAAGCUAGCUUUGAGGAACUGCGGUUGGCGGUGGAUGCUCAAAAAGUUCAGAAUAAGAUAGCUUUGACUUACAGGGACUUAAUUACCAGGUCCGCGUUAAAAGCCUUUGCCGCAUCUCUUGUGCUAUCCUUGGGCUAUCAGUGCAGCGGCAUAUUUAGCUUUAUCAACUAUAUGUCGGAUAUAUUCAAGGCAUCUGGUGCCCUUUUCGAUGUCAAUACUUGCACUAUAAUUACAGGCGUGGUUCAGAUUGUGGGCGUAUAUACAUCAACCAUAUUCGUAGAUACUCUGGGACGCCGCAUUCUGAUGUUAAUCUCUACUUUAGGCGUUGGAUUGAGUUGUAUUGCCUUUGGUUUCUUCACUUACUAUGCUCAAAUCUAUGAUCUUAGCCAUCUGCACUGGUUGCCUUUGGUGCUGAUGAUGAUCAUCAUUUAUGUAGGUAAUAUUGGACUUAUUGGAUGCUUUUUUGUUGUGCUAGUAGAGCUCUUUCCGGUAAAGAUUCGUUCAAUAGCUACCUCCAUAUCUGUAGUAUUUCUCAGUCUUCUGAUCUUUUGCACCCUGAAGUUGUUUCCAUUAAUGUUGCAUUAUUGGGGAAUCUCAGUGACAAUGUGGUUUUCGGCUGCUUCCAGUCUUCUCACCUUUGUUUAUUUUUUGUUGUUUUUGCAGGAGACUAAAGGCAAGUCUAUGGUGGAAGACUAAGACCUUACAGUGUUUGUUUUAUUAUAAUAAAUUAAAUCUUCUAACUAAA